AUGCAAGACAGCGGUCCCUCAAACUUGACAGAUUUCCACACAGACUUUGGUGCUGAGGACCACAAGAGGAGGACCAUGAGGAGGACCAUGGCCUUACGUGAGGCAAAUCACAUCCAGCUCCCUGUUGGUCGCAGAUGUCCGGUUGUCAUCAUGAACCUGACCUCCAGCUCUAAUUCUAUCCACUUCCUCAGCAGCAGUUCUCCUGGCAUGAGGGACCAGCCUGAUACCACCAUCAUAGCUGAGCCCACCAUUUUAGGUGGCUACCAGGAGCUGGCCAUAUUAUCCGACAGUGUUGGUGGCUUCAAGCAGCAUAAUGUCAGUUAUGUCUCAAGGCAAGGAGGGAACUUCACUGAUUCCCCAGUUAACGGGACGUUAAUGCUGCCAGCAGAGGACUUCGACCCGUUAGGAGGACAUACUAUCUGGCAGGUCAUCAUCAUUGUCUUCCUCACUGGAUCACUUUCUCUUGUCACUGUUGUUGGCAACAUCCUGGUGUUGGUGUCAUUUAAGAUCAAUAAGGCACUGAAGACAGUGAACAACUACUACCUGCUUAGCCUAGCAUUUGCUGACCUGACCAUUGGUACGCUGUCGAUGAACCUGUACACCACCUACAUCAUCAUGGACCAGUGGGCUCUGGGGCCAGUGGUCUGUGACCUGUGGCUUGCGAUAGACUACGUGGCCAGUAACGCCUCAGUCAUGAACCUGCUCGUCAUCAGCUUUGACAGGUAUUUCUCUGUGACCAGACCUUUGACCUACCGGGCCAAGCGCACAACCAAGCGGGCCAUGACCAUGAUUGGAUUAGCCUGGUCCAUCUCUUUCAUUCUCUGGGCCCCUGCCAUCUUGUUCUGGCAGUACAUUGUGGGUGAGCGAACAGUACAGCCUAAUGAGUGCUACAUCCAGUUCCUGUCAGAGCCCAUCAUUACCUUCUGCACUGCCAUUGCUGCGUUCUACUUGCCAGUAACUAUUAUGGCAUUCCUGUUUUGGAAGAUCUAUCAGGAAACAGAGAAGCGUGCUAAAGACGUGCAGGGUCUCAAGGGAUCUGGGGCGGGGGGUGGUAGUGGAAGAGCUGGUGGAGAAGGUGCAACUAACAGCCAGAAGGAUUCAUCAGCUAUGCUGCGCCAAAUGAGCUCUCAAAGCUGCAGCAGCUGUGAGCUAAAUCAGGCGGCCUCAGAGAAGAACAACAAGGACAAUGUCAGCAUCUCAGGAGGGACGGGAAGCAGAGGGAGGUGUGGCGCGUUCUGCCUCCGGUUUUCAUCACUGUUGCCGGGUUUCCAUGCGUCCAAGAAGUCCGUCAACACCACAACAACGACUGUGGGCGAGGCAGAGCAGAGCAGCUGUGACAGCUUUAACAACAAUGAAGGUGGCACUUAUGGGGAGCAGUCAGGUUCAGAGGAGGAGGCUGAUGGUGCAGGCCCAUCAAGGUCUCCAACAGAUGACAAGAAAUGUAGAAAGGGGAAGAAAAACAAGGAUAAACAUCAAUCAUCAUCCAACAAAAGUCCAAAAGGGUCACAAUCAAAUGCUGUCACCUCAUCACCUGCUGACCAAUCGCCUGCAGCCAUCACCAUGAAAGAUGCAGCAAUGGCCAAACGCUUUGCCUCAAAAGCCAAGACAGAGAUCAACAAGCGCAAGAAUGAAAAAAAGGCAAACGAGAAGAAAGCAGCACGGACACUCAGCGCCAUCCUGUUUGCCUUCAUCACGACGUGGUUGCCGUACAACAUCAUGGUGCUGGUCAACACUUUCUGUCAGGACUGUAUUCCAGAAACUCUUUGGGCUCUGGGCUACUGGUUGUGCUACGUUAACAGCACGGUCAACCCCAUGUGCUACGCCCUGUGUAACAAGACCUUCCGGACAACUUUCAGGGACAUUUUGAUGUGCCAGUGGAAUCAAAGGAAGAACAAGCCUCAUUUCAAUCAGAGGAAGGCUGUGGCUUUCAAGAAAAAAGACCCAAUGUAG